AUAGACCCAAACCACUCGUUUAUCACAUCAAUCAGUGGUGUAUUGGAAACCAAAUCAACUAUGAAAACUGUUUUUCUCGUUUGUCUACUGGCCUGUGUUGUGCUUGCAACGGAAAGGAGGCAACACAACCAUCCUGACAACUCGCACGAUAAUCACCAUCAUCAUCAUCACUGUGAGAACUGCGGAACCUGUCCUGACGGAACGCCGGAACAUUGUGAUGAGCAUCAUGGAUGCACAUGUCACCUAAUGGAUAAGAGACAACACGGCCAUGGUGACCACGAGCAUCAUCAUCAUCACUGUGAGAACUGCGGAACCUGUCCUGACGGAACGCCGGAACAUUGUGAUGAGCAUCAUGGAUGUACAUGUCACCUAAAGGAUAAGAGACAACAUGGCCAUGGUGACCACGGUCAUCAUCAUCACUGUGAGAACUGCGGAACCUGUCCUGACGGAACGCCGGAACAUUGUGAUGAGCAUCAUGGAUGUACAUGUCACCUAAAGGAUAAGAGACAACACGGCCAUGGUGACCACGGUCAUCAUCAUCACUGUGAGAACUGCGGAACCUGUCCUGACGGAACACCGGAACAUUGUGAUGAGCAUCAUGGAUGUACAUGUCACCUAAAGGAUAAGAGACAACACGGCCAUGGUGACCACGGUCAUCAUCAUCACUGUGAGAACUGCGGAACCUGUCCUGACGGAACACCGGAACAUUGUGAUGAGCAUCAUGGAUGUACAUGUCACCUAAAGGAUAAGAGACAACACGGCCAUGGUGACCACGGUCAUCAUCAUCACUGUGAGAACUGCGGAACCUGUCCUGACGGAACACCGGAACAUUGUGAUGAGCAUCAUGGAUGUACAUGUCACCAUUAAACCCGCUGCUGGAAAAACAAUUUCAAGUUUCACGGAUGUGUGCUUUUAAAUAAAUUAUUUCCACCCGCUGAGAAA